GAUAAGAUAUCUCGUGGGAAUUAAAACACUACUCUGUGCAGUUCGGGCUAAAUUUAAAAUAUAUGUGUUUGUGUUUUAAAAAGUUCGUGUUUAUUUUUUUAAGGUAUUGAUUUUUUCGUAGCUAUCGGUUUAAUUAAGCUAUCAACUACAGAACUAUUUAAAUGUUAAAUACUACUAUGUAAAACCGUGUUUAUUUUCUGGCUACAUUUACAUACGUGUGUUCGAUGAAGCUAUGGCAUGAGUUCGACAAAACAAUUUAUUUUUAUUGCACUCACAGUGUGUACUGGUAAAUUAAGAGGUGAACAAAUUCAAAAGAGUGUUGGAGAUGCCAUAAGAUUUGUUCUCCCGCCAUAUUUUGAAUGUGGGCCAUACUCGUUGAUUGGCCCGAAUCGAGUUAACGUCAUCAAUAUUUCCAACGCGACACAAUGUGACGUCAUGCAGCUAUAUGUAGAUCGGGGCAAGUGUCAGCUUCAAACAGACUGGUCCUUUUGGUUUGCGUUACACAAACUUUCAAAAAGGGAUGGAGGAAGGUAUGUUCUUCGAGGAGGACCAAACGCUGAUAGUGUGGGAUGUAAGCUGGAGCAAUGGACCGAUGUCAUUGUAUUAGGAUCUGAAUGGUUACUAUGGGGAUCUUGGAGUGGGUGCAGCCAGUCUUGUGGUAGAGAAUUCCGUACGCGGUCACGUGACUGCUCCCAGCCUUUAACAUGUGGGGUGGAUAACCAAGAGAUUGAGGUGUGCGAAUACCAGCCGUGCAAGGAUCAUAUAGAAAGAAUUACGUCAACAUUAGGACGCAUGACGACCGAUGGUCACUGGAGUUAUUGGUCCACGUGGUCACAUUGCUCUCGCACAUGCGCAGAGGGGCAGAAAACACGGUCGCGUGACUGCUUGGACGAGCGCAGUAAUACAUUACCAACUGAGUAUUGCAAGGGAGACAAACACGAAACUGACAUCUGCAAGGAAACAGACUGUUUAGCAGGUGCUCGCAAUAACCAAGUGACGUCAUCAUCUGGAGACAUGACGUUGUCAGUGCCUCUUUAUGGAGUCGUUGGAGCUGGAGCGGGGAUUUUCAUCAUCGUUCUCGUCGUAGUUAUCGUUGCCCUGAUGAUGAAAUUGAAGAGACGGCGGAGGUUGUCGAUCGGUUCUUCAUCUACAGCCAUGGAUAGGCAUGCGCAGAAAAAGAUGAAAAAAUGCAACAAACGCAAACAGUCUCCGGCAAUUUCGAUUCAUUUGUAUGACGAUAUAAACGACGAUGACGUCAAGUCCGAUAUGUCCGAAAGCAAAGGAGGUGACAGAUCUUCAGUAAUGACUAUGGACAACCCCUACGUCUUUUUACCAAAAUCUCCCAACCCCCAAAUUCGAGAAUAUGGGAAUGUAGCAUACAGUAAUACAUCAAACACUGUGGCCAUGUUCAAUAAUGGGACAUCGACGGAAAAUAACGGACAUCAAUCGGAAAAUUCCGAUAUAUUGACGGAAACGACCGAUUUUUUUCCGGAAAAUGUAGAAGGUCCACAAACAUCUUGGUAUAACGAGCGUCACAAGUCAGUGGAUAGUGUUGGUUACACGAUUUCUGCGAACGAGAGAGCGCGGCGUAAACGCUAUUUAAAAUGAAUUAACUAGGAUGUAAUAUGCACAAAAUGCAAUAUGGACUAUCUGCUGUUUUGUCAUGAUCGUUAUACAUAUA